GGCAUCAGUGUAUACGUGCAUGUCCUCUGUGCAGCUCAGUCCGACAGCGUCCGGGGUUGCUCCUCGUUUCUCGUCUCCCGUUGAUAAUUUCCAGUGAAUCAUCUUCGUCCUCUGUUCGUCUUCUCCCUUCAUCCCUCGGUCUGGCUGGGGUGAGAGCGAGGGAGUCCAUGGACAGAGCUUUCAAUGGCCGAGGAGUUGUGUACCGGCUGGUUUCGCAUCAUUGCAGGUACAGCAGGCUCUUUGGAGAUAGAGGAAUGCAAAUCUGCAACCAUGAUGGAAGGAUUGAAAAAACGUACCAGGAAGGCCUUUGGGAUACGGAAGAAAGAGAAAGACAAUGACUCAACGGGGUCCCCAGACAGAGACAGCGGUUCUCAGAAGAAGACCAACGGGGCCCCUAAUGGCUUCUACGGAGAUAUCGACUGGGACAGAUAUAACUCUCCUGAGGUGGAUGAUGAAGGCUACAGCCUCAGACCUGAGGAGGAGUCCGAAGAGGGAGCGCCUACCAUCAAAAAGCCCCACUUCUUUUCCUCGGAUGAGUCGGAAGGAGAGGAGGACCACAGGAAAAAAUUCAAAGUCAAGAUCAAGCCACUGAAGUCCGAUCGCGUAGCGUCUGUGCCCUCGGUCGACGAGCUCAAAGCCUCCAUAGGCAACAUAGCCCUGUCCCCGUCUCCUAUGAGGAGUCCGAGACGUAGCCCGGGUUUGAAAAGGAACCCAUCCAGUGAGGAGAUUGCCAGACCGAGACGUGUCGUCCCUACUUUACCCGCAGUGGCCCCCACACCAGCUCCAGCGCCACAGCCCCCCAGCAGUCAACAAACAGUCUCUGAAGACACCACAGACUUAUUUGGGCCUCCUUUGGAAACGGCCUUCGGAGAACCGAAAACGGAAGUGGGUCUCUCUGAGUCCGAUCCUUGGGGGGCUCCUCUGUCAGAGCCUGAAUCCUCUUUGACAAGAUCCUUCCCCACAGGAACUCCACCUCCACUUCCACCCAAGAAUGUCCCGACCUCUCCCCAGUCGACUGGCCCUCCCUCUGAAGAUGGCGAUGAAGUGUCAACAGAAGCAGACAGGUCCACCAGGAAGCCCUCAAUAGCUGACUUGGACAACAUUUUUGGACCAGAACAGCCUCCCCCUGCUGGCGAGGAUACGGGUGACACAUGGGUCUGCUUCAGUGCAGAAUCUUCUGACCGGCCACCUUUACCAGAGGAACCAGCACCUCCCCUACCAGGCUCCCCUCCUCCACCUGAAUCUCCUGCCCCACCCUUACCUACAUCACCACCUCCUCCAGAAGACCCUGCACCACCUCUCCCUACAUCCCCUCCCCCAAAAGAAGAACCUGUGCCCCCGCUCCCAACCUCCCCGUCUUCCUCAGAGGAGCCCACUGCACCUCCCGCCCCCUCAUAUCCUCCUACCCCAGAAGUCCGAAAUCCUCUCACGCUCUCAACCUCACCACCCCCUGCACCUCCAAAGGAGCUUGCGUCUCCUCCCACUUCCUCUCCCCCUCCUCUUGACUCCCCCUCCAACGUCCCACCAGCCCCUCCUCCAAAAGCAAGCACCCCUCCUGCUGAUGGAGCUGCAACAUGCUCCAUCCCACCGCCUCUUGUCCUGUCUCAAGAGGAGCAGCCCAAGAACACAGACUUCCCCCAAUCCAAAGAGGACGGAAGUGAAACUGUCACCUCGCCCAACGAUGCCAGCCAGGGGAGCCGGAGUACGCCUCCCCCACCUCCUCCCCCUACAUAUCGGGCGGUGGUGUCGUCACCGGGUCCCACAUCUGGAGCUGGUGGCUCAAAUAGUGGUUCCUCCUCUCCGGUGCGACCUGCCACUCCUUCGUCAGUCAACCCCACCCCACCACCACCUCCGCCCCGCCCCCCUUCACGGCCUAAACUUCCUCCAGGGAAACCAGCUGUAGGAGAUCCAAAUCGUCCGUUCAGCCCGCCGGUCCACUCUGCCAGCCCGCCUCCCAUCGCCCCGUUGGCGCGGGCCGAGAGCACCUCCUCCAUCUCCUCCACCAACUCCCUGAGUGCCGCCACCACCCCCACCGUCAAUAAGGAGCUCUCCGUGUCCGUGUCAGAGAAUGACCAGCCGUCCCUUGUAUGGUUUGACAGAGGGAAGUUUUAUUUAACCUUUGAAGGCUGCUCCAGAGGGCCCAGUCCUCUCACCAUGGGGGCUCAGGACACUCUUCCUGUGGCAGCUGCGUUCACAGAGACGGUCAACGCCUUCUUUAAAGGAGCUGAUCCCAGCAAGUGUGUUGUGAAGGUCAUAGGUGAGAUGGUUUUGUCGUUUCCGGCGGGCAUCACGCGGCACUUUGCCAAUAACCCGUCCCCCGCCGUGCUAACCUUCAGCAUAACCAACUACAGCCGACUGGAGCAUGUGCUGCCUAACCCCCAGCUCCUCUGCUGCGACACCACCACACAAGCCAAGGCAGAUGCCAAGGACUUCUGGGUGAACAUGCCAAACCUGAUAUCCCAUUUAAAGAAGGUGGCAGAGCAGAAGCCUCAGGCGACAUACUACAACGUGGACAUGCUCAAGUACCAGGUAUCAACAGAGGGGCUCCAGUCGAUUCCGUUGAAUCUAGCGGUGAGCUGGAGAUGUGAGCCCACCAGCACUGACCUGAGGAUAGACUACAAAUACAACGGGGAGGCCAUGACGACGCCGAUGGCCCUCAACAACGUCCAGUUCCUCGUCCCGGUCGAUGGAGGGGUUUCAAAACUACAGGCUGUCUUACCUCCUGCUGCAUGGAAUGCGGAGCACCAACGAAUCCUUUGGAAGAUUCCUGAUAUCUCUCAGAAAUCUGAAAACGGAGGUGUGGGGUCGUUGUUAGCACGCUUUCAGCUAACAGAAGGCCCAAGUAAACCGGCUGCACUUGCGGUGCAGUUCACCAGCGAAGGCAGCACCCUGUCGGGCUGCGACAUUGAACUGGCCGGGCCAGGAUACCGCUUCUCUCUCAUCAAGAAGAGGUUUGCCGCAGGAAAGUACCUGGCCGACAACUAACCCAUGCUACUGAGAACAUGUCGAACAAAACAAUCGCAGUGGACUGAGGUUGACACAGAGGAUAGAGGACAUACCGACGCCAGACAAGCGACUUUCCAUUAACCUUUUCUGAACCCUCACGACGGAUCCGCAGCCUACCCAGCAGUAUUGUAUAACUUGCAUAUAGCAUCGUGGAAACUGUUUUAGGUCAUGUAAUUAUCGUAUUUGUAUUCAUUUCAUGACAUCUGUAUUGCUGCAGUUAGACACCUGGGUUAUUCCACCCUCUGAAGUCUGUGCCUCUGUCUCCAUCCCCCUCUGGUCAAUGUGUGGUGGUGGUGUUUAAAAGUUUCACUGCAGCUGCCUGACAUAAGACAUGGACAGAAAGAGUUUUUUGGCCAGAUUUUUAACGCUGGAUAACCGGCUGUUUGUUGUCGAGAGUCCGGGAAGAUUUAGCUGUAAAAAUACCCAUGAAUAAAAUCUUUGCGGUCAGACACACACCGUAGCCUCUGACACAAAGCCUAACUUCCCAAAGUUAGACUAGUUUAGGUUGAAGCAGGGCCUAGGAUAAUACAUCGUAAGUUGUACACCUUUAUUAGCAGAUAGAAAAAUCAGCUCUUAGAAUAAUUCUUCUGUCAGAGUCUGAGCUCAAAGCCUGAGACGGCAGUCCCAACUGUCUCGCACUGACGGUGGCCGAUUGUGUGUCUUUUGCCAUAAAAUAAAUGCA